AUGGUUGACCCGGACCCAAAACAACAGCUGCAGCAGGGCCUCCCUAAGGAGAACGGGUUCCAUCCGGUGCUCUCAAAUACCUCCGAGCACCACUUCAAUCCUGACGAAUCUCAGUAUCUUCCCAAUGGAAACCUCUUCCUCCCGAACGGUAUGGCUCUGCCCUCUGGUGGUCGGUUGCACCCUGGCCUGUGGAGGCCGCUAGAACACCGCAAGUUCGCCAACCCUGCCCCUCUGGGAUUGAGUGCCUUUGCCUUGACCACCUUCGUCCUCUCGUGUGUGAACAUGGAGGUUCGUGGGGUCACAGCCCCGACUAUCGUUGUACCACUGGCUUUUGCAUAUGGUGGUGUAGUACAGCUCUUGGCUGGCAUGUGGGAAAUGGCUGUCGGAAACACUUUUGGGGCGACAGCUCUAUCUUCAUACGGAGGAUUUUGGAUCGCCUACGGUCUCCUCCAGACACCCACCUGGGGUAUCACGCAAGCGGAUGGCCCUUACAAUGGGGAGACAGCUAACCCGGUUGGAUUUUUCCUGACUGGCUGGUUCAUCUUCACCACGAUCUUGCUGCUGUGCACCCUCAGAUCUACGGUGGCUUUCUUCUCAUUGUUUUUCGUCCUCGACAUUGCCUUUCUCUGCCUAUCUGUCGAGAACUAUGCUCAUGAUAUGGGCAAUGCGGACGCUGCUGCGGCGCUCAAGAAAGCCGGCGGCUUUUUCGGGUUCCUUGCGGCAUUCUUGGCUUGGUACAAUGCUUUGGCUGGUAUCCAAGACAGCAGUAAUUCAUUUUUCAGCGUUCCUGUCAUCCACUUCCCCUGGUCCGACCAAGGAAAAGAGCUACGUAUGAAACGAGCGAAGCAUAUUGUUUGA